AUGUUCAUCAAAAAUGACUACCCUUUUUUCCCUUACAAUCUCAAAUCUGAUGGAAUAGGAUUCUGUCUUCUAGCAUCAUAUACUGUUUGUUGUCUAUGGCAUGAGAUGGACAAUGGCCAGAUUAGAAUCAAGAUCAUGUUAAAAUUGGUGGACAAUGUUCCUUGGUGGAUAAAAGAUACUGUCCCGAACAUGAAAUGGCCUGCUCCGUCGUGGACCCAUCUGCCUAAAUUCCGAUUGCCCUUGCUUCUGGAAGUUCACGUUACCAACUAUCCUAUCAUACGACGACUCCUUCUUGAUGAGUUGCUUGUAUGGUCCAUGCAAAUCUCCGACAAACAAUUCAGUCCUUACAUCGUCAAAAAAGCCUGCUGGGUUUCAUUGUGCAAAGUGUGGCAGGAUAACUUCUACUUAUGGUCAAGGUUAAUCUGCGAUAGUUGUGGUAACAGUGUAACUAUCAAACCUUCGUUAAAUAUCGAGAUACGCCCUGGUGGACAAGUAGGAUACGAGGUACGUGAUGAUAAAGUGAUCAACAUGUAUGAACACACCUUUAAUCUGAACCGUCGUUUACGUGGAUUGAACAUUUUCCAUUUGGAAAGCUACGAGUUAAGCCUUGAUGUGCAUGAUGCCAUGGAGGAGGCAAGUAGAUUGCUCGAUGAAUACAUAUCUUCCGAAACAAAUCAAUCCUUGACAUUCAAGCGAACGCCCUUACGAUCUCAUAGGUGCCAUGGCACCAUGUUCACCAACUAUUUCUCCUAUAACGGGAGUGAUGGCUCAACAGUUCUGUGGGAAGAAACUCCGAUGGUUAUACACGAUGCAAAGAAGCAUAUGCUGGAGUCUUUGAACGCCAUCUUUGAUAAUGUCCUGGAUUUCAACGAGAUAAUGAGCAUGGCUUAUUUGAAGGGCCAAUCUAUGGCGGUGAUAUUUCCGUGGCCAUUUAUUCUCGUGACGCUUAUGGUUUAUUAUAGUGCUCAGUUUCACAGUGACGACGAAAAGGGGGUGUAUCCAUUUGUAGCCGGGUUAUCUCUAGGAUCAGAUGCCCUCAUGAAAUUCCAAAAAAGGCCUUCUCCCAGAAAACCUCUAACACGUCCCAUUCUAACCGUAAAUCUGCAGCAUGGCGACAUUCUCUUAAUGGAUGGCAUUGAUUUUCAGUCAUUUUUCCAUAAUUCCUUUUGGAUUCAGGGUAGCAGCGACAGCUGGCAGAAGUUUUUGAAUUUUACUUGUUCAUUACCAACCACCAUGACUACUCUUGCUGAUCCCGCUGAAGAUACGAUGAUACUCCAACCCUUUGUUAUAGAUAACACGAAGCCCGACGAUAUUAACAAGAUCAACAACGCCAUCAAAGACUACGUUAAGAAAAGGAUGGAAUUGGAAUCAGAUGGAUCGUCGGCACAGUGGGAUCUGGUUAAUGCUGCUCAGAACAUGGUCAUAGAGGCUUUACAGGCUUUACAAGCAGCCCGAGUGAUAAAAGGACGUGCUCUUUGGGAUGGGUUACCCUCCGAACCAGCGCAAAUUCAAGCCGUCGGUGCCGACACAGUCACGCAAACUGUUCAGAGUACUAAACCCAAUGCAGAAAAGAAAUUGUCAGCAGCAGACACACCGACAGGAAGCGCGAAGGAUGUACGAAGUACCAAACCCAGACCCAGGGCAGUAAAAGGACAUGCAACAACGUCUGCGAUUCCUUCUACAUUAGGCAUUCAUACUCACGCUUCAAUGCCGAAACUAUUACCAAAGCCACGAGAGCUGCAGGGAACGCCAUCGAGCACUUUUUUGUCUUAUACUACCCCGCCAGAGGAGCCGUCUGUUGAAUGGCUUACCCAAUUAUGGGACUUAGCCAUCGACUUGGGCCCAGCUAACAAGGACGAGGUUAUAUCAAAACUCGGACUUGAACUCUGGUGCCAACUGAUUUUCUUGAACAUACACCACAGCAACUCUCGCACGUUAUCAAAGACCAAAGUAUCAAAGGUUGACAUUUCCACCUGGGACUUGAUUCCUACAGAAGCAGACACGCCUUGCAAAACUUGCGGUCAUAAACUCCCCUGUCAAUGGCCAAACUCAGAGGACCGUUCAAAAUGUUGGGAGUGCCAUCUGCAAGCCAAACACUGCAUGUUUAGUGGCAGUGGUAUGAAAAGGGGACGAAAACGAAAACGCAACUCCGAGUCCCCCUCGACCGCACGAAGGCACGUCAAAAUGGAUUUAGAUGUGGAUGAAGACGACGAGGUCGACUCACAACAGGAUGAAACGCUGGAACAGCCUGCUGAAAAUUUAAGCAUGCCGCCGCAGCCUAGACCCACGCUAAACCUGCAGAAGAUGGACUUACUGAAAUCCCCGGCAACGAGAUCGAGUACAUCGAAGUUGUCGCAUCCUACCAAAGUCACCCCUUUUUGGAACUCGAGCGUGGCUAAGCGGAUAGCACAGUUGACACCCAUAGUCACAGUUGCUCCUCACCCAUCAUCAUCAUCUUCGUUAAACCCCGAAACACCAACGCCGUCCUCAGAAAUCCUACAAACGAGGCCAGAUGAAUCGCCCCCUGCAACCAUGCCCCCCAUCCUUCUGAACGAAAGAUAUGACAAUGAGAUGAUAGAAAACGAAUCCAUAAUCACUCGUCCUAUGCUCUCUAUACCUGCCAACAGACCCUUGACCAUACACGAUUCAAGAUCACCAACCCCAUCCACAGAUGACCCCUCAAAAAAUACAUUUCCGACAUUCAUGAACAGCUUUUUUGACUGCGAAAAGACCAAUAUAAGCCCUGCGGGACCUCAUGGUCAUCCAGAUCACAACAAAUAUGACAAGCUGGUGGAGAAAAUCAAAGAUUGGGACAUUGAUACGUGCAAGAGACACUUAGCAAGGGUGAUGGCUGAUCUUCAUUGUGCCAUCGGCAACAUGCGGGAACUGCAUAAGCAGUUAAAUGAGCUGUUGAAGAAAGACAAGGCGUUGUUGGUAUUUGUGCUAGAGAUUGAUGCUGCACACCAAAAGGCAGUAAAGGAACUAACACAGCUAAGAUCCGGUAGAUAA